AUGUCCGUCGCAGCCACGCCCGAUCCCAUGCCGGACUCGAUGGCUUUGUGGUUCAGGACUGGCGAACGAACGGAGAUCGGUCAUGUCUACUCCAAAGCUAUCGUGAAACGCUAUACCAGUAACACUGCCCGCGACACGAAACGGAAAGAGGAAUGGAUCCUCUUCAAGAUCAAGACGCUGUAUCGCGGAGAAGCUCCCAAUUUCGUCAACAUCCUGCACGGUUACAACGUUUGCAUCGAACCGCAUAUCGUGAUGGAACACUGUACUGGCGGCGACCUGGUAGCAUAUCGAAAGCGCAUCCUUGGCCAGAGCGGACUCAGCCAGUUUCCCGAAGCCAAGAUCUGGGACGUCUACUCGGCGCUCGUCAGCGCCAUCAAAUUCCUCCAGUACGGCCACCCCGGCUGGGACGCUCCCGAAAGCGCACGUUGGAAGUCCAUCGCACAUCGCAACAUCAAUCCGAGAAACGUGCUCGUGCGCCUCAAGGGCCCAAACUCAUCCGAAGAAGGACCAACCGAGCAGUACGUCCUCGCCGACUUCAGCUCCGCCACCGAAUUUGGCGGAACGGAGUGGGAUUGGGAGCCACAGCGGCAGAGAGACCGAGACACAGUUGUGUACAUUGCGCCGGAGGAAGUGCAAAAGGAGCUGGCUGCCUUGACGAAGAGUGAUAAGCCGAAAACCGACGAGAAGAAUACCGGCGAGAGGGCUGACAUCUGGAGCGCCGGCGCCGUCGUCCACUUCCUCGCCCUGGGUCGCCCGCCCGUUGCCCACAAAAUGGACCCAGCCUACCUGUACCCGCGUCCUGGCCCCUUCUGGCUCACCCUCCCGCGCGUCCCAACCUUCAUUGAUGGGCUUUCCGUCGGCACAGAAGCGGAGGCUGGCACCCAACCGCCCAGACCCACCUACUCGAGGCAACUGAACUGCCGCAUGAUCGAGGCGCUAGCCUUCGAUCCGGCCAAACGUGCUACGGCCGAAGGUCUCAGCCGGGCGUGGAGCGCCGCCACGAAAACAGGCAUUCCGUUCGAUCGCGGUCUUAAGGCAUACCGCAAGUCGCACCCUCGUCGGCACGGAAGCUUCGACGAUGGCUGGCGCCCUCCCCUGUUCGAAUGGGAGAAACUUCAAGAUGUCGACGAGAAGGUCAAGGCGAAGAAGACCCAGAUGAGGCAACUCUACACGCACAUGACGGCCAUUCUGCAGUACCUGAUCAACGAGAAGCAGCGCAACGUCCCCUUCUGGCCGGCUGGUGCUGGCCCUCGCGGCAUCCCAGACCCUCUUCCGUGCCCUAUGCCAACUACACGGUCUCGCUACCACGACGCUCGAGAAAUCCUGUGGUGGUGCAGACACAAACCUGAGAGGACCCGCGGAUCAGGCAGCUUCCAUGACGAAAUCGACGAGUAUCUCCGCACAGGCAUCCUCCCCACGGACAUGGAUGAUGAUGAACCGACGCCGCCGCCGCCACCUGGGUCUCCGUCGCUCUAUACUUCUUCUGGACCACUCCUUUUCACAUCUCCAGAUGAUGCUUCUUCGAUGCCGUCUCUGACUGACGACUCUAGCGAUUCUGAGCCGCCGGAUAAUCUGAAUGACCCGCCUACCCCCAAUGGCAAGGAUUCCAGCGAUUCCCGUGAGGACUCUCCCGCCGAUGAAGGAAACCCUCCCGCCGAAGAAGGAAAUUCCCCUGCCGCAGAAGGGGGCCCUACGCACGCUGCUGCAAGUGCUGUUCCGCCACGGGAACCAGCGCAGCAGAACCUCUCAGACAGCAUAGACGACGGGUUCUGGCAAGCUAUAAGCCAACUCGGCCAGGCCGGCCGAGAAGCGUCGGGUCUGGCCUCCACCCUCGGCGCAGGCGGAUCCCGACCGCCAUCGGACUCAGGCGGCGGCGGUGGCGACGACAACAACAACGACGCCGACGACGAGGGCGACGGAUGGGAGACUGGAUCGGGUGGUGACGACGACGACGGAAGCGACGACGACAGCAGCGACAGCGACUCAUCACCCAGCGAAUCGUCUGAGGAAUCAGACUCUGAGCAAUCCAAUGUACUAGAGCGGGUGAGUUGGCUCAUGCGUCACUGGCUUUGGAUGUGGACAGAGCGCUUUUACGACCUGCGGGACGAGAGGUGGCUGGAGCGCGAGCGGCAGCGGAUGGUGCAGGACCAGCUCCCGACGAUCCGAGAAAGAAGAAGAGAAGAAGAUGUUGGAGUAGCAGUAGUAGCUGACGCUUAUGUCGAACAAGCCGCACAACGCCCCGUCGCCGGAGGAUCAGCCGCCGCCACCAACUUGCCGCCACCGCUGCCGCCGCCGGCUGAUGGCGUGCCUGACGCCGCUUUGGACGUGCGUGAGGGCGACAUUGAGCUGCAGCCCAUGCCGCCGCGUGCCAGCAGAGCGCCGCUGGCGAUCGACCACGACCAGGACCAGGAGGAGCGGCAACCCCUGCUCAACCCCGACCCCAACCACCACCACCACCACCACGACGAGCACAACAACCACCACCACCACCACGACGAGUACAACAACCACCACCACCACCACGAGCAGAACAACCACCACCACCAACGGCAGUAG